UGCCAACUCAAAAAUUCCCCCCCUCCGCCCUCCUCCGCCUCCCGCCGAUCACCUCGCCCGCGACUAGCCGCCCCACCUCCCCGCCCGAAGGUUCCGGCGGAGGCCUCUAGAAGUUCCGCGGCUCCGCUCUCGUGCGGCGGGCACGGAAGGGCGUCGCGGUGGCCGAGGCGGCGGACUGGCGGGUUUGGGUUUUUUCCCCGCACGCGCGCGGUCCUUUGAGCGCGGCAUGCGCCGCGGAGCGCGCUAACUUUUCCGGAAUUCAGGGAAUCUCACGCGUGGGCUAGGCCCGGAGCUCCGUUUGUUUCCAGGCGAUUGGUGCAGCUGCUCGAGGAGUUCAGUUCCUCUCAUGCCCGAAUUUUGCUGGUGGAAUCGGUUGGCGAGAGGAGCAAGGUUAGCGCGGUGACCGGAAGCGAGGAGUCUGAUCGCGAUGACGUCCCUGUCGCGGACGCUCUCCCGGGCCGGCCCGAUGCAGCCGCCGGGGCCUCGCCGGAUUCUGAGGACGCAGACCGCCGUCAACCUCGGCGAGCCCAUCUUCGACAGUGAGGUGGUGCCGUCGUCGCUCGUGGAGAUCGCGCCCAUCCUCCGUGUCGCCAACGAGGUCGAGGCGGCCAACCCCCGCGUCGCCUACCUCUGUCGAUUCUAUGCAUUCGAAAAGGCUCACAGAUUGGAUCCAACUUCAAGCGGUCGAGGUGUCCGACAAUUCAAGACCGCUCUUCUACAACGGCUCGAAAGGGAGAAUGUGCCCACCUUGACCGGAAGGGCCCAGAAGAGUGAUGCACGGGAAAUACAGACCUUCUAUCGACACUACUACAAAAAAUAUAUUCAGGCACUGCAAAAUGCUUCUGACCAAGGGGAUCGUUCCCAACUUACCAAAGCAUACCAGACCGCCAAUGUUCUGUUUGAGGUUUUAAAAGCAGUCACUCAACAACAUGCUGUUGAAGUUGACGAUGAGAUCUUGGAAACUGCUGAUAAGGUUAAAGAGAAGACAAAAAUCUAUAUCCCUUUUAACAUUCUGCCUCUUGAUCCUGACAGUGGCAACCAGGCAGUCAUGAAAUUUCCAGAGAUACAAGCUGCUGCUUCUGCUCUUCGCAAUACUAGAGGCCUUCCACUACCCAAAAAUUAUGAGAGUAAGGUUAACGAGGACCUCUUGGAUUGGCUACAAGCUAUGUUUGGCUUUCAGACAGACAAUGUUUCUAAUCAGAGGGAGCAUUUGAUUUUACUUCUUGCUAACAUACAUAUACGGAAACAUCCAAAGACCGAUGAACACUCAAAGUUGGAGGACAAUGCGCUUGAUGAAGUGAUGAAAAAGUUAUUUAAGAACUACAAGAAGUGGUGCAAAUAUCAUGGUCGCAAGAGUAGCCUUUGGUUGCCAACAAUUCAGCAAGAGGUGCAACAACGGAAAUUACUCUAUAUUGGUCUAUACCUUCUUAUCUGGGGGGAAGCUGCAAAUUUGCGAUUUUUGCCAGAAUGUCUUUGCUACAUAUAUCAUCAUAUGGCAUUUGAAAUGUAUGGUAUGCUAGCUGGAAAUGUGAGUGCCAUGACAGGUGAAUAUGUGAAGCCAGCCUAUGGCGGUGAUAAAGAAGCCUUUCUAAAAAAGAUUGUCACUCCAAUUUACUGUACCAUUGCGCAGGAAGCUGAAAGGAGCAAAAUAGAAAAAGGGAAUCAUUCUCAGUGGAGAAACUACGAUGAUCUUAACGAAUUUUUUUGGUCUGCUGACUGCUUUCGGCUAGGUUGGCCUAUGCGAGCUGAUGCUGAUUUCUUUUGUCAACCUUUAAAGCCAGUUGAUGAAAGAAAUGAAGGCACAAUAAAAGCUGACAAGCAGAAAGGGAAGGUCAAUUUUGUGGAGCUGCGCUCGUUUUGGCACAUAUUCAGGAGUUUCGAUAGAAUGUGGAGCUUCUUUAUUCUAGCUCUUCAGAUUAUGAUUAUUCUUGCUUGGAGUGAAGGAGGGUCAUUAGGUAAUAUUUUUGAUCCUCUGGUUUUCAAGGAGAUCUUGAGCAUCUUUAUCACUUCUUCUAUACUAAAUCUUGGAAAAGCUACACUUGACAUAAUCUUUAAUUGGAGGGCCAGGAGAACGAUGGAAUUUAUGGUCAAACUGAGAUAUGUCCUGAAGUUCAUAUUGGCAGCUAUGUGGGUUGUACUUCUGUCAGUUACAUAUGCAUACACCUGGGAGAAACCGACAGGAAUUAUUAGGACCAUCAAAAACUGGUUCGGAAAUGGUCCAGAUCAACCAUCACUCUUCAUCAUUGCAGUAGUCGUAUACUUGUUGCCCGAUAUGCUAGCUGCUGUACUUUUCGCUCUUCCAUUACUACGCCGGAAACUUGAAGGUUCAGAUUAUAAACUCAUGAGAUUGAUCAUGUGGUGGUCUCAGACUCGCCUGUUUGUUGGUAGGGGAAUGCAUGAAAGCGCCUUUUCACUUUUCAUGUACACCAUGUUUUGGGUUGCUCUUCUUUUGACAAAGUUCGUAUUUAGCUACUAUGUCGAGAUCAAGCCUCUUGUUGAACCCACCAAGGAUAUCAUGAAAUUCCCUAUAAAUCAUUUCCGGUGGCAUGAGUUUUUUCCAAGAGCGAAGGGCAACAUUGGCGUUGUAAUUUCACUUUGGGCCCCAGUCAUUUUGGUGUAUUUCAUGGACACACAAAUUUGGUAUACAAUCUUCUCCACUCUAGUUGGUGGAGUUUAUGGUGCUUUCCAACGACUUGGCGAGAUCCGCACACUUGGAAUGCUGCGGUCUCGCUUUGAUUCAAUACCUUUAGCCGUUAAUGAUUGUCUAGUUCCGGUUGAAACAUCUGAUGCAAGGCGGAAGAAAGGUCUAAGGUCUAAUUUCAAGAAUCGUUUCAAGGAGAUGACGCAUGAAGACAAGGAGAAGGUAGCUGCAAGAUUUGCACAGAUGUGGAAUGAAAUUGUCUCUAGCUUCCGUGAGGAAGACCUUAUAGAUAACAGGGAGAAGGAGCUGCUACUUGUUCCAUAUGUGGCUGAUCAGGGUCUUCGUGUUACGCAGUGGCCUCCAUUUUUGCUUGCCAGCAUGGUUCUUCUCUGCUUUUACUUUGUUUAUUUUAUUUCUAAUUUAUGGGAAGCCACCCUCAUCCCCUUCUAUUUAUAUGCAAAUGGACAGGUCCCCAUAGCCGUUGACAUGGCGAAGGAUAGCAAUGGUAAAGACCGUGACUUGAAAAAGAGGAUUGAAAACGAUUAUUAUUUUUCUUGUGCAAUUAAAGAAUGUUAUGCAUCAUGUAAAAACAUCAUCAAUGAUCUUGUACAUGGUGAACAAGAGAAAAGGGUCAUAAAUACUAUAUUUACUGAAGUUGAAAAGUGUAUUGCUGAGGACAAAGUUAUUACAGAUUUGAAUAUGCAAUCCCUGCCAGAUCUCUACAAUAAGUUUGUUGAAUUGGUAGAAUUCUUGAAAAAGAAUGAUGAGAAAGACAGGGUCGCUGUGAUAAAGAUAUUUCAAGAUAUGCUGGAGGUUGUAACGAGAGAUAUAAUGGAAGACCAACUUCCUAGUAUUUUGGAGUCAAGUCAUGGGGGUUCAUAUCAAAGGCCAGAGGGCAUGACAGCAUGGGAUAAUGAAUAUCAGUUAUUUCAACCAUCUGGAGCUAUCAAGUUUCCACUAGAAGUCAGCACAGAGGCUUGGAAAGAAAAGGUGAAUAGGCUGGAACUACUGCUCACGGUGAAAGAGUCUGCUAUGGACGUUCCUUCAAAUCUUGAGGCCAGAAGGCGUCUUACCUUUUUCACUAACUCUUUGUUUAUGGAUAUGCCUGAUGCUCCUAAAGUCCGAAACACAAUUUCAUUUUCUGCAUUGACUCCUUAUUACAAUGAGCAUGUUCUUUUCUCCAUAAAAGAUCUUGAAGAGGAAAAUGAAGAUGGAGUUUCCACUCUGUUCUACCUACAGAAAAUUUACCCAGAUGAAUGGAAGAACUUCCAGGAAAGGAUUGAGGAAGAACUAAAAGAUAAUGAAGAACUGAAGGAAGAAGCGCUUCGUCAAUGGGCUUCAUACAGAGGCCAAACGCUAACUCGAACAGUUAGAGGCAUGAUGUACUACCGAAAAGCUUUGGUUCUUGAAGCAUUUCUAGAUAUGGCCAAACAUGAAGAUCUCAUGGAAGGGUAUAAAGCAGCUGGGUCAAUAUCGGAUGAAGAGUGGAAGUCCUUGAUUGCUCAGUGUGAAGCAUUGGCUGAUAUGAAGUUCGCCUAUGUGGUAUCAUGCCAACAAUAUGGAAAUGACAAGCGUUCCGCUCUUUCAAAUGCCCAAGACAUAUUACAGCUAAUGAGAACGUACCCUUCUCUGCGUGUAGCAUAUAUUGAUGUGGUGGAAGAUAGAGUAGGAGAGAAGCAAAUUGAGACAGCUUAUUACUCUACAUUGGUAAAGGUUGCUCUAAAUAAGGACUCUGAAUCCGCAGGUCCAGUACAAAAUCUUGAUCAGGUUAUCUACCGGAUAAAACUUCCAGGCCCUGCAAUAUUGGGAGAAGGAAAACCCGAAAAUCAAAACCAUGCAAUAAUUUUCACCCGUGGUGAAGGCCUGCAAACAAUAGACAUGAACCAGGAUAACUAUAUGGAAGAAGCACUUAAAAUGAGAAACUUGCUUCAAGAGUUCCUUACAGAAGAUGGAAUCCGGCAGCCAUCUAUACUUGGAGUUAGGGAGCACAUUUUUACUGGCAGUGUCUCCUCCCUUGCAUGGUUUAUGUCAAAUCAGGAGCACAGUUUUGUGACUAUUGGACAACGGCUGCUUGCAAACCCUCUGAAGGUCCGAUUCCACUAUGGCCACCCGGAUGUAUUUGAUAGGCUUUUCCAUCUAACGAGGGGUGGUGUCAGUAAGGCAUCAAGGAGUAUCAACUUAAGUGAAGAUAUUUUUGCAGGGUUUAACUCAACUCUUCGUGGCGGCAAUGUAACACAUCAUGAAUAUGUGCAAGUCGGCAAGGGACGAGAUGUAGGACUAAAUCAGAUCUCCAAGUUUGAGGCUAAGGUGGCAAAUGGAAAUGGCGAGCAGACCCUUAGCCGUGAUAUCUACCGGCUUGGGCACCGGUUCGAUUUCUUCAGAAUGCUUUCAUGCUACUUCACCACCGUGGGAUUUUAUUUCAGUACACUGUUGACAGUCUUCACAGUUUAUGUGUUUUUGUACGGGCGCCUUUAUCUUGCUCUCAGUGGACUUGAAGAAGGGCUUGCAACACAACGGAAAUUCAGCCAUAAUCAUGCUCUUCAGGUUGCUCUUGCCUCGCAGUCUCUUGUUCAGCUUGGUUUUCUGAUGGCCCUGCCCAUGAUGAUGGAAAUUGGCCUUGAAAAAGGAUUUGGCAAGGCACUAAGUGAAUUUAUAAUGAUGAACUUGCAACUGGCAUCCGUGUUCUUUACAUUUUCACUUGGUACCAAGACUCACUAUUAUGGACGUAUGUUGCUUCAUGGAGGUGCUCAAUACAGAAGUACCGGAAGGGGCUUUGUUGUCUUUCAUGCAAAGUUUGCAGAAAACUACAGGCUAUAUUCUCGCAGCCACUUUGUUAAAGGCAUCGAGUUGAUGACUCUGCUCAUCGUUUAUCAACUAUUUGGUCAAACCUCCCACUCAACCAUCGCAUAUAUCUUUGUUACGUCCUCCAUGUGGUUCCUAGUGUUGACAUGGCUCUUUGCACCAUUUCUAUUCAACCCCUCGGGGUUUGAGUGGGCGAAAAUUUUGGACGAUUGGUCGGAUUGGAACAAGUGGAUCAGCAAUCGUGGUGGGAUUGGUGUGUCUCCAGAAAAGAGCUGGGAAUCCUGGUGGGAGAUAGAGCAGGAGCAUCUGAAGCAUACAGGAACACUCGGAAUCAUCUUUGAGAUAAUUUUGUCCCUUCGGUUUUUCAUAUAUCAGUAUGGCCUUGUGUACCAGUUAACUAUCACAAACAACAACAAAAGUAUCGUGGUUUACUUAAUUUCAUGGCUCGUAAUUUUGGUGAUGCUGGUUAUUUUGAAGAUCAUAUCUGUCGGAAGGCGGAGGUUCGGCGCGAACUUUCAGCUGUUCUUCCGUCUGAUCAAGUUCAUGAUAUUCGUUUCGUUCUUCGCUAUUUUGGUUGUGCUGAUAGUUCUGCUUCACAUGACUAUUAAAGACAUACUUGUAUGCUUCCUGGCAUUCUUGCCCACCGGAUGGGGAAUACUACUGAUUGCACAAGCUUGCAGGCCUCUUUUCCGGGUCACGGGGCUAUGGGGAUCUGUCCGAGCCCUUGCGCGGGCGUACGAGGUUAUCAUGGGGAUGCUUCUGUUCACACCAAUUACUGUCCUGUCAUGGUUCCCCUUCGUCUCCGAGUUCCAGACGCGGAUGCUGUUCAACCAGGCAUUCAGUAGAGGACUGCAGAUUUCCCGGAUUCUUGGCGGUCAGAAGAAGGAGAGGGCCGCUAGCACCAAAGACUAACGCCCUGUUCGGAAUCGCGCCGCUCCACAACUCCGCUCCCGGAGCGGGCGGAGCUGCAGUUUCCCGGCUCCGCGGAUUCUGGUAGUGGGUGGGUUGCUGAACAGGGCCUAAAUUAGCUCUUCUGCCCAAUUGCCUGCCAUUUUCAAGAUCUAGGACUUUUGCCAUAAAAAAAUAUAGUACUACUUGGGAAUACAUAGGUUGUAAAUAUAUUCCAGGAUAUAGAAUAUUUCGUGCGAUUACAGCUUCAUACAAGUUGUGAAAUAUAUCUCUUCAGUCUUCACUGCUAAUUGCAAUGUAAGGAAUUGUAGUCGUUGGAUAUUGCCAUUUUUUCUUGUGUGAAUACUACAGCAAGUGUUAAUACGGACACUUUAGCAGUUGCGGUGAGUUGGGAA